AUGUUCGUUCCAAGAACGGACGCUGAACUAGACGGGUGCCCAAGCGACCGCAUCUUAUGCGUGCCUUCUAGCGCCAUCCUCGGGACGACAGACACCGCGUCGGCCCGCGGCACAGACGACGACGACACGGGCUCCUACGACCCGAACUACAUGCUGCGGCCAGGCGUCCACCGCUACAUCGGCAUCAUCAUGGUCUCCGUCCUUGCCGUCCUCGCCAUCCUCCUCUGGGUGUAUGUCGCGCGGUAUCGCAAGAGCGCGACCCCGCGGGACUUCUGGUGCUGCACCGGCAAGCGGAAGCCUGCCAAACCGGGGCCGUUUGAGCGUGAGGAGGAGGGGGCGUCAACGGCCGCGUCGUCGACGGAGACGCUAUCGGGUGUGAAGGAGGGGCACGGCGGGGAGCAACGGGUGUCGAGGCAGGGCGGUGGGGUCUCAGAGAAGGACGGCCACGUCGAUGCGCGAGGAGUGAUCAAGGAGGUGUCGGGUGGCGUCGUCAUGUUCACACAGGCGCCCAAGGCGGCAUGGCGCGGCGCACGCGAUCGAGAAAGCCACCACCACUACAGCCCCCGGUCGCACCGCAGUCACGGCCAUCCGUCCCCACACCCACCAACGUCGCCACCCACCACCACCACCACCCGAACGCCAACCAGAACUUGGAGAACGCGAACGACGUCCCCAUCUUCGCGGUCCCCAGCAACACCACCCGGCGUCGUCGUGCUCUCAGAUGCAGAAUGGACGCAGCACGAACAACACGUCCAUGGCGUCCGUUACGAGGUGAGCCGAGUUUGA